CCGGCCAACCAGCGAUCGAUUUCAGUGGUCGGUGAAACGGUCGUAAGUACGGGUCGCGCCACAUACAGUGUUGCCGCGUCCACCUCCGCACGAGUCGCCAGUGUGAAAAGUGCCCUCGAUUUUUCCCGAACAAGUUGGGCAGAAUGGCGGAAAGCAGAGGCUCCCUAUUGGCCAAGUCGGUGCAAAAGCAUGCCGGAAGGGCGAAAGAAAAGAUUUUGCAAAAUCUGGGCAAAGUCGACCGAACGGCGGAUGAAAUAUUCGACGAGCACUUACAGAACUUCACCAAGCAGCAGAACGCAGCCAACCGGCUGCAGAAGGAGUUCAGCAACUACAUCCGCUGCAUUCGAGCGACGCAAGCGGCCUCAAAGACGCUGCUUGAGGCGAUCGGGGAGGUUUACGAGAGCCAAUGGACUGGCCACGACCAGCUCUACAUCCUGACCCAGUCAGUGGACGUGUUGUGGCAGGACUUCAGCCACAAGUUGGCCGAUCAGGUGCUGCUGCCGCUUAACACCUAUCAGUCGCAGUUUCCUGAGAUGCGGAAGAUUGAUAAGCGAGGACGCAAGCUGGUGGAUUACGACAGUCAGCGGCACAGCUUCCAAGCGCUGCAGACCAAUAUGAAGAAGCGGGACGAUGUGAAGAUUGGCAAAGGGCGGGAGCAGCUGGAGGAGGCCAAGCGCACCUACGAGAUUCUCAACUCGGAACUCCAUGACGAGCUGCCUGCCCUGUUUGACUCCCGCGUCCUCUUCCUGGUCACCAAUCUCCAAACGCUCUUUAACGCCGAGCACACUUUCCAUUCGCAGUCAUCCAAAAUCUUUAACGAGCUGGAGGACAUCGUGGAUAAGUUGGCCACCGACAGUCAGCGCGGUUCGUACAGCGUAAAGAAGACAAAUGGCACCAACAGCCUGCCCCGACCCAAAAGCCUGCUCAAGGACUCCCCGGAGUUGAUCAUCAACAAUCUACCCCCAUCCAGAGCCAAUGACGAAGAGCCGGAGCUGUUCCCCUCUGUGCCAGAUUCAAACGCUAAUACUGCCAGCAAUGACCUAGUUUCUCCCGUUUCUCCCACUAAUUCUUCGUCGCCGGAACCCGCCAGUCCGGACCUGCCCGACUCUAAAGACCCCAUUAACACGUGUGCAGCGAGUGACACUAACAAAUCGCCCACGAAAAAAGUCGAAGAGGUCUAUGACAUUCCUGUGGAAGCCAGCACCGAGCAUCUGCCCCCCGGGGUGCUCUACAGGGUGAAGGCCACCUACAAAUACACCAGAGAGGACGUGGAUGAACUGUCGUUCGAUGUGGGGGAGAUUGUUUCUGUGGUGGAGUACGACGAUCCAGAUGAACAGGAGGAGGGCUGGCUGAUGGGGAUGAAGGAGAACGGGGAGAAGGGCAUGUUUCCGGCCAACUUCACGCGGCCGCUUUAGUGCGCCCCCUAAUCCGUCCAACGGCCAUUUUUUCUUAGACCAUCGCCCUCUGGUGGCUGGAGAGGGUCAUGCCAUUACCGACUUAGUUAGUUGUUUAGUUAACCCCCCCCCCCCUUUAAUCUGUAACCCUCGAAUGUAGUUUUAGGAUAAGAACUGGGAGCGUGUUGAGGUUGGUUCUCUGGGUACAUAAGGUUGUUGUAGGGGCCCCCAUUUCGCAAGUACAAUAGAAAAUGGCCGCUACAAGUAGCACUUAAUCCAUGUGGUUACGUAUUUGUUAUUAUUAUUAUAUUAUGGAAUACUCAUUAUUAAUCGUGCUAAUUCACUUCGAUCAUGUUAUGUUUGCCAAUUGUUUCUUUAUUACUCACAUUUACUCGAGUGCAUUUGUUUUUUUUUAAUAUAUAUUUUAUACACAGUGUGAAUAGAGAGUUUCGUCGAAUGACUAGUCAGUGAACGGGUUUUGCUCAAUCUGUACCGUUUUUUUGGAGUUUUAAAUUGUUGCCCCGAAAUUUCAGGACUAAAAAGUAAUUGUUCUAAUGUUGUAAUAUUUAUUUUAAAUAUAAAAUUUCCAACUUA